AUGGCAACAAAUCUAUCAACUGACAAUACGAACCUUGGAAUAUUUACGAUAGUUUGGGUUGAUGCCUAUGUAAAUAAAUCUGAUAAUAAAAACACUCAAGAUGAUCUUCGACAAUUAACUAAUCAAUUUAAAACAUUUGAGAAUAAUGAACAAUGUGAAUUAUAUAUUGAAUCAGCAUUAAAUGAUGAAUGUAUAAUUUUAAUUGCUAGUGGAAAAUUAGGUCGACAACUUGUACCACGUAUUCACGAUAAUGAAAAAAUUUCGUCGAUUUAUAUAUAUUGUUUUGAUAAAGAAGCAAAUAAAGAAUGGGCACAAGAUUAUACGAAAAUUCAAGGUGUUGUAACAAGAAGAAAAGAAUUAAUUGAACAAAUUUGUAUGAAUAAUAAAAAAGAAUUAGUUGAACAAAUUCCUGUUGAUAAUAAAAAAGAAAUCUAUGAAAUUAAUGAUGAAUUGUUUUAUAUAGAUAUUUAUACAAAUGAUCCGAAUGAUGAAUUUAUAAAUUCACAAUUAUUAAUUAAUUAUUUAGUUAAACUAAAAAUUGAUUUAACAAUUGAUCGAGAACAAUUUUUUAGUUUCUAUAAAACAAAACCUACUGACAAUAAUUUACAAUUAACAAAUUUUGAAGAAUUUCAACAGAAUUAUUCAUUUGAAAAUUGUUUUUUUUGGUUAACAAAAGAUAAAUCUCUUCAGAAACUAUUACUUGAUACAUUAUACACAAAAAAUAUCGAUUUACUUUAUUUAUUUCGUUUUUUUAUCCAAGAUAUUAAUCAACAAUUAGAAUUACAUAAAUGUUCAACACCAAUAAAUGUCUAUCAUCAUCAUUUGAUUACCAAUGAACAAAUUGAACAAUUACAAAAUUCUGCUAAAAAAUUAAUAUCAAUUAAUACAUUCUUUCUAACAACUUUUGAACGUGAAAAAGCUCUUACUGCAUUACAACAAACAAGCAAUUUACAAAAAAUUCUUUUUGAAAUUCAUGCUGAUCCAUCGAUUGAGGGUGUAAAACCAUUUGCUGAUAUAACAUCAUUUAGUUCAUCGAAAAAACAAUCACAAAUACUUUUUAUGUUAGGAUCAAUAUUUCGCAUAGAAGAUAUUUAUCAGCAAGGUGAAUUUUGGAUAUGUGAAAUGAAGUUAGCAAGUAAAAAUGAUUUAGAUUUACAGAUUGCUUUCGAAAAAAAUCAAGAAGAAGAUGGUGAUUGCGAUAAUGAUAUUUUAUCGUUUGGUAAUUUUUUAGCACGUAUAGGUCGAUACGAUGACGCUGAAAAAUAUUAUAAACGUAUAUUAAAUGAAUUAACAUCUAAUGAUAAAGAUACACAUAUUUGCUAUCAUAAUCUUGGUAAUCUUGCUUUUCUUAAAAAUGAUUAUAAUGAAAGUAUUGAAUAUCAUUUAAAAUCAUUAGAAAAUAGUGAACGUUUAUUACCGAAUGAUCAUCCAAAUAUAGCAGAUAGUUAUAAUUGUGUUGGUAUUGUUUAUUUUAAUAUACAAAAUUAUGAACAAGCUCUUAUUUUUUAUAAGAAAGCAUUAAAUAUUUUAAAAUUAACAUUGGAUGAAAAUUAUACAAAAGUAAUAACUUGUUUAAAUAAUAUUAGUCUUGUUUAUCGAACAGAAAAAGAUUAUGUUCAAGCACUUAGUUAUUAUCAAGAAAUAUUGGAUAUUGAGAAAAAAUAUUUAUCUGAAGAUCAUAUGAAUCUAGGAUUCACAUAUCAUAACAUUGGUGCGCUAUUAUGGUGUAUUGGUAAAUGUGAUGAUGCUAUGAAAAAUUAUAAUUUAUCCUAUGAAAAUAAAACGAAAUUUCUUCCAUGUAACCAUUCAUCUAUUGCAAUGACAUUAGAAAAUAUUGGUUUAAUUAAUGAGUAUCAAAGUAAUUAUCAACAAGCAUUAGAUUAUUAUGAAAAAGCUCAAAAUAUUUAUCAAGAAAAUUCAUUAUUAUUACAUUCAGAUGUUAUACAAAUUCAAGAUAGUAUUUUACGUAUUAGAACAUAUCUGAACUUGAAAUAA